CGAUCAAGAUUGAAGAGUAGCAAAGUGCGCGUGACGGGAUCCCGCGUCAAAGGAAGAGUCCACAAUUACAAGAGAAAGUUACUGUGUUGGUCCACGUAUAUAUAGAGCAGUUCGAGAGAAAGCUACGGUGGUGUUGUUGGCGUCGCUUCAGUUCCCAACUGUGACACUUCGAAGGACAGAAAAAGAGGCCAUUCGAGUGCGAUUGCGAAAGUUCAUUUCCAUGGGGAUGGACGCACCCAAUCCUUCUUCUUCCGGAGCUUCUCCUCUCCUCGCCAAUCUCCCCUCUCGAGGCCUCUUCUCUUCCUCCGUCGUUUCUUCCCAUCCGGGUGGGAUGCGGGUCUAUGUAUGUGAUCAUGAUACCUCACCACCAGAAGGUCAACAUAUUAAGACAAACCAACAAAACAUACUGAUUAGAUCACUGACCCUUAAGAAACAAAGGGGUGAUUCGAGUUCAAAGGAUGGAUCUGAUGGUUCAAGAAAGAGGUCUGCUGAUAAGGGUUUGGAUAGAGCUGCAGCCAAGAAAACAAAUAAUCAAACAAACUCCAGGCAAGAGGGAUCAAACAGUCAAGCAACCACUAGGGACUUUCACAACCUGACUGUAGAGAGGCUUCGUGCUCUUUUGAAAGCUAAAGGUCUUUCAACCAAAGGAAAGAAGGAGGAGCUUAUUACUCGUCUAAAAGAUGCAACUGGUUAAGCGUAUCGUGAUUGGAGGAAUACUCUUCUCAUGAAGCAUUCAAUGUAAGAGUAGUUAGUGUUGUAACUUAGGAUCUGGAUCUAAUAUAUAUAAACCUAGUGCAAAUUACAGUUACAGUCGAAUAUCAUCGUUCCUACUGUUUCUCGAGUCAGAAUUAAGUAUGUUUUUUUUGGUGCGUGUAUCAAUAGUGGCUUUCAAGUUACAUUUACGAUCCCUUUGAAGCAUAUUUUUCCUUUUCUA